CCGCUUUAGGCGGUCGCUGCGAUGAUAACGUGCCUGCCUUUUAUUUUUCCGAUUUCUACGAUCCGGAACGUUUCUAUCCCCCUUUUCCUCUCUCUCCCUCUCGCUCUUUCCCUGUCCCCACUUGCUCAUUCUCGCGCUCUCUCUCCUCCCUGCUCUUCUCUGUCUCUCCCACGAAUCCUCCGUCUCCCUGUCUCUCAUUCUCCCUCUCUACUAUUCGGAGUUCUUCUCGGGAUCUGUGUGUGCUUCGUCAACGAUGUAAACAGACUGAUAUUUUUUGGAGAAAAUCUUCACGUUUCUGCUCCGAUUUACCUUUCUGUGCGAUUGUCGGUUAGUGUUGUUGCUCCAAACGCGAUGGUGUCUGCGCGAAUGUGACGCACCUAUAGGCGAAAUACGCGCGUAUCAACAAGCAGCGUUUCUUCGAUGACAGUGUCGUUGAUCGGUUACGAUUCCUAGGAUAACAGUUGGACCUAUCGGGAGAAAGGUACACGCACUUUUUCGGUCGCCUCGAUUACUCCACCGAUACUCGUUCCUUCUACGAGGUUAUAGAUAAGAAUUCUCCCGCGCUACGGGACACGGUUGUGAAAGACGUAAAACAUCGAGUCAGGAUUGGAAUUAAGUGACCUUAAAGUGCGAAGAUCGCGAUUUUAACGAAUGGUUUGAAUCUUUUUCAAUUCCGAUGUCGAUUUGUUGAUACCAGUACGAGCAAAGCAUAACCCUAUGCAGUUAGCGAACGAUGAGGGAGUUGUUGGUAGAAACUGGCAAAUAAACAUGGAAGCUCCAUUCAAAUAUCUAAUAGUUCUGCAUUAAGCAUAUUAGGGACAUGCUUUAUACGAUCAGGAAGGAACUGAAUGAAGGAACAAAAUUAUAAGGAAUGAUAUUCUUUUUGAGUCUAUUGGAUGUUAGAUAAGCUAAAAAAUGUCUGGUGAUUCAGGAUGGAAUGCUGUAAUUCACCAUCCGUCAGAAUUAGAAUUACAGAAUUGGAAUUGGGAAGAAAACGAUGGGGAGCAAGAAAGGGAGCUCCCUUCGACUGUUGAUAUGGAUGCCAUAAAGGGUGGCGGUAGCUGGGACCCGACUACUGAACCUAAUGGAACAGAUUCAGUUGAUUCCGAAGAAGACUCAGAUUCCGACGACGAAAGUUCUGGCGGUACCGAAGGCAGUUGUUCUUAUUCGGACUCGAAUUCGGAUUCGGACGACGAGAGUAGCGGUGACGAGGAGGAAGAUACCGGAUCCAAUUCGGAUUGCACGUCGGAACAUAGCGAGCAAACGUUUUCCAUUCAAAAAACGAAUUUCGAACCGGGAGCGCUUAAAUUAAAAAUCAGUAUGAAAGGUCCGAAAAAAGAGGAUUUGGAAAAAGAAAAAAAUAGGAGAAGCGUAACGAAAAAGGUUAAGUCAAAUCGUGGAGGAAAGUCAUCUGAAUGCAGUAGCGACGAUUCUGACUCGUCUGAAAGUCAUUUACCCUCGCAACAUACGCAGCAACAACAACAACAGACUCAACAGUCUCAACAGCAACAACAGCCACAGCAGCAUCCGCCGCUUCAGGAAAUCAAUCAAGAAGAUUUAGCGGCUAUUCUACCGGAUCAAGAGCACGAGGACGCUCCGUUUGAUGGAUUUGAAGAUUCAGAGAGCGGUCGUUUAGUAUCGAAAGCCAUCGAGCGGAUGUCGCUCGGCGCAGAUUCAGAUACGAGCGAAAACGGUGAUCAGAACCCUGUACCUGUGUAUAGUUCCACUUUGUUGCAACAGUUUGUUGAAAAAACGGCUCUGUUAUCAGAACCGAGGAAAAGGCGGAGCAAGUUAGGAAAAAAAUUGAACGAUUCGGAGUAUCCUUGCGUUUCAAACGUAUCUCCGGAUUCAGGGAUUCAAUCUGUAGAUAACAGUCCGUUACAUUUGGCAAUUAGUCCUGUGAGUCCUCCAGCACCGACACAGUCGCCGGUGCAACCUGUUGUCACAAAGCCAGCGGUAAACGUAGAUCGUGUUUUAUACCCACCUAAACGAAAACCUGGUAGGCCGGCGAAAACAGUUUCCACGCAGCCCCGUGGCCCGGGUAGGCCAAGAUUGAAACCAGAAAUCGUAGAAAAAAUAGAGAAGAUAGAAAAAACAGAGAAAACUGCGAAAAACGAGAGGGUCGAGAAGAAAGAGCCUGCUCCGCAACCAACAAAAGUCACGAAAGAAGAACCUUCUAAAAGAGGAAAAACGAAGUCGGCGCCACAGAAAACAGUUGCGUCCCGGGCGGAUAAAAACGGAGAGAAUGAUUCGGCUAAGAAAUUAAAGGAGAAACCAGCUUGUCAAAAGAAACGGACAUAUAACAUUUCCAAACAGUGUACGCAAGCGAAGAUAGGUGGAAAAAGGAACAACGCCAGUUCCCCAGCGCGUGUCAAGUGCCUAAGUAGAGCUGUUACGAGUAAGUACGGGAGAGAAGGAGUUCAAUGCAACGGUGGAACGUAUAAGAAAAUGGGGAAAGAUAAGCCUGGUCCAGGAAACAAGACAACUCCGUUACGACGACAGAAACAAUCGGUUUGCGAGCGAGUUUCGGGCGAUAGAAAGGUAAUCAACUCGAAGAAAAGGACUCUUAAGGAAAAUAGAAGCAGUACAGUUCCCUUGGCUAAGCGACAGGCGUCGUUAAAGAAAAACGUAGCGCCGGUUACGCGACGUGUAUUGAAAGAAAACAAGAGUACUAAAAAAGCAGGUGCUGGGUUCGAAACGAAUGGCGUUGGUGUCCAAACUUUAAUAUCUUUGCCCGUUGGCGAGGUAUUAAAGUCCGAGAAAGUUGAGAAUGUAACAAACAAAUGUGACAAGGCGACGCAGCCUAUACACAAUCAUUGUCACAAACAUCAUCAUCACAAGCAUCGCAGACGAUUGUUGUUGCCGCCUAAGAAUCCUAUACGUAUCCAUCCGUGUCUCAUAGAAGAGUUAGAAAAAUUGAUCGAAGAAUUUUCUAGAUCGUGCAGCUUAGGUAGGAAUAAUUCAAAUUCUGGAUAUUCCGAAUUACCGCAAAUUUUUCGCGUAAAGAAAUUAACAAAAAAGAGGAAAGGGGGCGAUAUUACCACGAACGAUGAUCAGAAAUUGAAGAGGCGCCUCAAGAAGGAGAAGAUACUGUCAGGGACGGAUUCGAAGAACAGUAUGAAUGCAAAUGCGAACUCGAAUCCAAAUGAGCAAAGGUUACCAUUGAAAAAGAGGCAUUAUCACGUGUCCAGUCCUCACAGUUCACAAAGUUCGAACGCGAGUGGCACCGACGUGGCUGUUAACGAAGCGAAUUCUACCGAAAGCCACAUCGAAGAGGCGAUCGAAGCAACGAUAACGAGAUACGGAGGUAGCUCUGCGUUCUCCUUCCAAGAAGAUUCCGUACCUGUUACUCCUAAGAAAAGACAUAGGGAUACCGAAGCUGGAAGUCCUGAUAAAUCGAGUGCAGCGUGUUCCGAUUUGUUGGAAGAGAAACCCUUGAGUCAGAUAGAGGUACAACCGAGACGUAAAAAAAAGAUCGUCAAAGAUCUUCGUGUGACAGUUACAAAAUUACCUGUUGAGAGUCAUGCCGCUUUGGAAAAAGCUGAAAAAAUGGACAAGCCUGAGAAAGCUGAUAGCAAGGCCGAGAAAUCUGAGAAAUCCUCGAGCGAUUCUAGAAGUUUGAAAAGUCGCGCGGAAAAAGGCAGUAAAAGUGAAAAGGUAGCUUUAGAGAAAUUAAUAAAAAGCGAUAAAAAUCAGGCGGACAAGAUUGAGAAGAGGGAUAUUUCGCCAGAUCAUGUUCGCUUGGAGAAAAAUAUAAAGAUCGAUGCGGCGGAUUUUAAUCCGACGGAGAGCUUUGACGAGAAUGAAACUGCGAACGAAAUUAAACCGUCACAAAAUAGUCUCAAUCCGAAUGUUCCAAAUCCCAUGAAUUCCGCUGCUGUACUGGUUUUGGCCAAGAAGAAAAUGAGACGUCGUAAAGCUAUAAAUCGUACAGGUUUUCCGACGUUAAAGAAAAAGAAGAAAAGAUCCUUGAAUGCAAAUGAGUCGGAUCCGUCAAAAAGCGCAGUUUUAACUAACGAAGAUGCUACUCCGGAGGCCGGUGCUGAUGGUGAGAAUUCAACGAAAGAAGGAAUCGAAGAUUCAGUAGUGGACAGCAAGACAAGCGUGUUGAACAACACUGAGAUACAAGAUGUAUUUACCGAGGAGCUUUCCACUAAGCAUAGUAACAACAGUAGCAACAGCCUCGUGCAAAGUCGAGUUCAAUCGAAAGCCAAUCCGAAUGGAAAUCAGGAAGAGACGAAUUCACCAAAGUCGGAGACGAAUGGUCAAGUUCGUCCUGAUGAACUUUCUGAACCUCGAUCUGGUCAAUUGAGAGUUCGCAAGGAUCUUGUAGAGACAGAUAGCGACAACGCAUUGAACAAGUUAUGUCCUGUUAAGUUUGAAAAGAUCCAAGACACGAGAUCGUACGACGAAAAUGCUCCCUUAGAAGAGUCCCUCGAAAGAUUCGCCGCGAAUCAACGCGUUGCCGAAUUAAACGAGCAUAAUGUAAAGAAGCUCGAACGCGCGAGCUCUCAAACGAACAUCAAAACGGAGCAUACAAGCUCUUUCAACGGUAAUCAAAAGAAGCGACGAGGUUCCUCGAGUCCCUGCAAUUUGACUCCUAGAAAUCUGAAAAGAUUACGCAGUUCUGGUUAUGAUACGGAGAACGACAUCCUGCCUAAUAGCGACAUUCUUAACGACGAUCACGAGGUGGGAAAGCACUCGAGCUCGACGCAUACAAGAAAGAAACAAUCCCGGUGGAAGAAACGUUACUUACAGGGAGGCAUUUUACAGGAGUACGGCAAAGACUUUGAAGGGAAAACGCGUGGUAGCAUCGAGAAUAAUAGUGGAAGAAAUAAGGUCGUAUGCGAAACCAACGAGUCUGCGUCUGCCGCUUUGUUAUCCGCGACGUAUCAUUGUGGCAAGCUCUUACGACAAAGGAAAAUGCCGUUUCAAUUACCAUACGAUUUAUGGUGGUUACAUACUCAAUCUAGGCUACCUGGUAGAGAAUCGGUUCCAUCGUGGAAUUACAAGAAAAUUCGUACUAAUGUGUACUACGACGUCAAACCUACUACGCUUUACGAAGCGCAAGCUUGCGAGUGCAAACCGGAAAGCGGCUGCGGAGAUGACUGUAUCAAUCGCAUGGUCUUUAGCGAAUGUUCUCCGCAGCUUUGUCCCUGUGGCGAGAAAUGCGAAAAUCAAAAGAUACAGAAACACGAAUGGGCACCGGGUUUACAAAAAUUCAUGACGGAGGAUAAAGGUUGGGGCGUGAGGACUCAGCAGUCUAUCAAGUCUGGCGUCUUUAUCCUCGAAUAUGUUGGGGAAGUGGUGUCUGAACGAGAAUUUAAAUCAAGAAUGGCGACCAGGUAUGCCAAUGAUACGCAUCACUAUUGUCUGCAUCUCGAUGGAGGCUUGGUAAUUGAUGGUCAUCGUAUGGGAGGUGAUGGAAGGUUCGUAAAUCAUUCUUGCGAACCUAAUUGCGAGAUGCAGAAGUGGAGCGUCCAUGGUCUUCCGCGUAUGGCGCUGUUCGCUUCCAGAGACAUUAAACCAGGGGAAGAGUUGACAUAUGAUUAUAAUUUUGCACUUUUUAAUCCAUCCGAGGGACAAGAAUGCAGAUGCGGUAGCAGUGCUUGCAGAGGAGUGAUUGGAGGAAAGAGCCAAAGGGUUUCGAAAAGUAUUACUUCCAUUCCGUCGCAAUUGGAGCCCACAGAGAGGCGGUCAGUCGGAAGACCGAGAAAAAAUAUGCGAAAAUCUAAUACAGUGCAGUCUGUUAACUCGAAAGGCAUUUGUAAAUCUCGAAAAGUGGGCGAUUCUAAUCUGAUUCAUGCGCCUGUGCUAAAACCUAUGUCCCAUCAGCAACGGUGCUUUGCUCAGCAACACCAUUGUUUCCUGUUAAGAAAUUUAGAAAAAGUCAGACGAGUUAAAUUGUUGGUAAAUCAAGUACAAAUGCAAAAUGGUAAAGUGAAAUGCGGUAACGCGACAGCAAUAAAAGAAAAGAGUUCAGGUGAUGCUAAGAUUCAAUCUGAUGCAUUUUUCUCGCAAUUAACUGCUCUGACUAAUACAAAUACACGUACUGUGCGAACUCGACGACUAGCUCAAGCUCAAGAUGAUCCAGAAGUGCAUAAAACCGCAAAAUUGGCUAAGGUAUUAAAAGAUCUAUAUAGUAUCGUGGCGACUGCGAAAGAUGAGAAUGGACAAUUAUUAUGUACACCAUUUAUCACAUUACCCUCAAAGAGAAAGUUGCCCGAUUAUUAUGAAAAAAUAUCAGAUCCUAUAGAUUUGACAACAAUCGAUCAGUGUAUUGGUACAGGUCACUAUAAAACUGCAGAACAUUUUGAUCAUGAUAUGAUUAAACUUUUUGACAACAAUGUAAGGUUUUUCGGGAGAACCUCAGAGAUGGGUAUUGCCGCAGCCAGACUUAGAAAACUAUACUUAGGAAGCAAGCCCGAUUUCGUAGAUGCAAUAACGGAAGCAACAGGUUGUCCUCCAUCUCAAAGCUUUCUACCUCCCCGUGGUUCAACUGCGGGCGAAGAGGACGUUAUCAGGUGUAUUUGUGGCCUGCAUAGGGAUGAAGGCUUGAUGAUUCAAUGCGAACGCUGUCUCGUAUGGCAACAUUGCGAUUGCGUUAAAGCUGACACGAGCAUAGAAUCUUAUUUGUGCGAGAGGUGUCAUCCACGUCCCGUGGAUUUAGAAAUUCCACUAGAGGGUGAUGAGGAAGAAGAGGGCAAGAAACACUAUGUUACUUUGAUGCGUGGUGAUUUACAACUUAGACAGGGCGACACCGUUUACGUGUUGAGAGAUACUCCUGAAAAGCAUACGUACAAAACCAUUCAAAAGCCGGAUUAUGAGCAAAUGGAUAUCUUUAGAAUCGAGAGACUUUGGAAAAAUGCGGAAGGCGAAAGAUUUGUAUUUGGCCAUCACUAUUUGAGGCCACACGAAACGUAUCACGAACCAACUAGAAAGUUCUAUGAGAAUGAAGUUGUAUGCGCCCCACUUUACGAAGCAGUUCCAUGCGAUUUGGUUGCUGAGCGCUGUUGGGUUCUUGAUCCUCACACGUAUUGUAAAGGACGGCCAGUUGGUUCUACACCAGAACAUACUUAUGUUUGCGAGUAUCGCGUCGAUCGUGCUGCACGAUUAUUUACAAAAGUUGCUAGAGCUAGGCACCAAGUUUGUACAAAACCGUAUGCAUUUGAAACGUUCCCACAACGCAUUAAGCACUAUCGUACAUAUUUGCCUCACAGUCUCGAAGGAAUCCAAGUUGGAGGUAAAAUGAACAAAGAGAAAAAGAAGGUUAAUAAUCAAGAUGUCGAUACUAAUCACAAAUCUGAAUCGAGUGAAAAUACAAAAACACACACGAAGGAUCAACAAAAAUCUUCUACGAGUAAGGGUAGACGAAGAUCGAAUGAGAUUUUACCCAUUGUUACGCCUGCUACGUUAUGUGCCCAGAGAGAAGAGCAAAGAAGAAGAUUGAACAACAUUUUAAUCGGUCUAUUACAAAAAAUGCCGAACAAAAAGGAUCCUUUGGAUUUGUCGUUUUUAUUAGAAAGAAACAGACGAAAUCGUAAAAGGCCAGGUGGACUAAAUCCGUGACAUUGGAUUAUACAUGAUCGAUAAUAAGGCAUUACCUAUACACAUAUAUGUGUUGUGCGUGUAUGAUAACCACACAUAGGCAGAUGCGCGCGCGCACAUAUAAGUAUCGCAUAGGUAAUACAUGCCACUGCUAAUUUCUAUCGCAGUCAAAUCUGUAAUCAAAGUGAUUCACACCGAUCGAUCCUUUCAUUUCGCUAUACGUAAUCGAUGUCAUCUAAACCGUUUUAUAAGAAAAACGGUAAACAACGCGUUUCCUUCUUCUUACACUAUGACCCGUCCAUUCGUAUAAUUUAAUCUUAAUCACGAAGGCUACUCCUAUCGAAGAACAUUGUAUCGAUUGAGAUCGUUUUAUAUGUUGUUUUUACAUGUUUUGAACUAUAGAAAAUUGUCUAUAGUCUUUUGGCAUCGUUUUCGUAUUUUAGACUACCUUCUUCGCUAACGCUGGAAGUUAGUACGUAGUAUGUAUCGAGAUUAAAAUGAGACAUUUGAUAAAAUCGAGCAGAACGUUGAGGAAAUAAUAAUGUUCGAUACUCUUUCUUUCUUUUGGAAUAUUCAAAAUUUAAAGUCUCUGAAAUGUUCAAUAUCAUAGGGGUGUAAUGUGUUAAUCAACUCAAGUCAAGAACUCCUGUACGUGGAACAACGUAUCUCUCAUAUUGAAUCUAACGAGAGUUAUUAUUUCUAAUAUAAUUCUAAUAUAAUUAGGAUUACGAAAUUGUAUAAAAGUAAUUUGUAAAUUUCUUUCAUAGCGGAUAUAUUUAAGUGUACAAAUUAUACAUUACUCGGGAUUGAGGAAAAUGACAACAGCACACGUAAGAAAAACUGUGGAAUAAGAAAAAAAUCGAAUACAUGCGCGAGGCUUUAUUGCACAAAUGUAUCAUUAUAUUUUUCAUAGUCCCAGUGUUAUUUGAAUUAAGUGUAAUAUAUAGGUUUUUAAAUUAAUAGAUAAAACUUUACUAACAUAUAUAUAAAUAAAUAUAUAUAUAUAUAAAUAUUUAAUUUAUUAAUUAUCGCGAUGGAAUAUAGCUAGUUGUUGCUAUAACGACGAAUAUACGCAGGAUUUCGUAUUUAUUGUUACAUUAUACAGUUAGUAAAUUCAUAUUAUUAAAGAUAUUUAAUACAUAUGUAUAAGUCUCAUUUAUAUAUCAUAUGUUUCUACGUUUUUGCACAGUAUCCGAGACAUUUUUAUUGAAUGAAAAUGAUAUUACAAUGUCCUAUUCUGUUUUUCGAUGUAAGUUGGAAGUGUACCAACAUAGUAUAGUCACACCACAAAAAUCACCAUGUAAUAGAUCUUUUGUAGCAUGACAAAAGGGGGGGGGGGUGCCUAUCUUUAUACUAAUUAUAAGUAGAAAUUAGUGAAUUGGGAGUAGAAUUUUAAAUUUGAAUUUAUUCUUUUAAAAAAUAUUAUGAAUGAUUUUUAUGAGUGAUGAAUUUUGUAAUGUUAAUUUCCUUUAUACAAAAUGAAUGUAAAACUUUUAUCUCUUAUGCAAAAACGAUAUUUAUAGUACAAUUAAUGUCUCGAAUAAAAGGGUAUUAUUUUUUCUUUUUUCUCUUUUUUUUCGACAAUAAAUCAUAAAAUGUUGAUAUUACUUUUAAAUUUAAGUUAUUUUAACGAAUUAUAAAGAUUUAUCUAUAUGAGAGGCAGCAAAACAAUUAGAAGAGCUUACGGUUUACCGGUAACCUUGCACGAUGAAAUAUCUGCGCAAUUACACGAAAUACGUUACAAAUGUCGUUAGACAAACGAUAUCGCGUAUAUGUAAAUCACUUUAAUUAAUUUAAAUCCAUAUUUGUAGAUUAACAAAGUCAACAUGAUAGAUUAUGUUGACCAUUAUAUUAAGCGUGCGUGAAGACUGAUUUACUGUUACAGGAUAUUUCUAGCAGGUAAUUGCGCUGAUUAAAUCUGGGUUGUAAAUAAUUUAAAUUCUAAAUAAAUAGAAGAUAUUUUUUAUUUUUACGAAUAAGUUUGUACACUUUCGUCAACAAGUAAAUUCUUCGAUUAAGAAUAAAUUCUGCGAAAUUAUUCUUAUUCGACCGUAUAAGAAAAAAAGAUUUUGUUCAUUGACUUACGAUUUAAUGUUAUUACAUGUUAUCGUUUGAUCUUGAUCGACUUCUAGCCGUAUGGUAGUGUGCGAUGACGGAGCUUCCUCGUACUUUCAACUUUCAUUCUUGCAAUCUUUAUCAUAAUUGUUGAAUGUUCGAUGAGCACCUUAAUUCGAAAUCUCGCAAACUGUACAAAGUAUUUUAGAAAAAGGAGGUACAAAGACAAUCAUCCUGUAACUACGAGAAAGCGGUUUUUCAGUACGAUUGAAAUAACGAGCGUAAAUUAAAACGAGUACUGUUGCUUUACUCUUCAGUUUGUUGCAACAAGAGAGAAUAUAACAAAACGAAGAAAAGAUAGAAUGGGGAUGGGGGGGGGGGAGAGAAAAAAAAAGAAAUAAGGGGAAUUAA